AUGACACCGACAAAUCCCUUCUCGCGGAAAUUCCAACGCAUAACCCCCCAACGCUGGGCGAUAUACAGCGCUGCUUCUCUCCUGGCCGCGCUCAUCUACCACUUCCUCGUCGUAACAUGGGGUCGAAUCAGUCUUGCAUGUGUUGUGCUCCUCCUGGCUGUGUGUACCACGCAAUACCUCGUCCACAGUCGCAGCACGCUACAGUUCUCCCACUGCCUCGUUCUGUCUAUAUGCAUGCUUCUUCUCGGCCCCGUAUCGAACCUGAUCUCCGGCUACCUCUUCUCCGAAUCCGCCGCGAUCCCCACGAUCCAACCUCCCGCGGUUCACUUCGCGCUUUCCUUCAUCUUCAUGUCGGACAUGGAGUGGCUCCGUCUGCGCUUCGAUGAGCACGACAACUCCGCCGUGUACGCCGACCUAACCAACUUCCCCUGCGGGUACAACAUCGACGCGUACAUUGACCCGCCGCCCAACGGCGCGCGGGAAUACACCCCCAGCUCCUUGCUCGGCGUGUUUCUCCGCAGCUUUCGCGGUCUGCCGCCCGACCUACUUCUCACUGGCGCGUUAGGGGCGAGCUCGUACAUUCUCAACAGCGCUGUGCUGUGGGCGCUGCACCCGCAACGUCUGCAUGACAAUGAGGUGACGACGGCAUGGGGGUAUGAUAUCUUCACGUCGAGCAAGGAGUUCUGGCCCUCGAUGCUGAGUGGCGUGCUUAUGCGGCCGGUGAGGCUGCUGAUUGCGUUGGGAUUUGCGUGGGUGGGGGAGGUGUGGGCGGCGUUUUGGAGGAAGAGGAAGGCUGGACAGGAGGUC